CUGUGAGGCACAGAAAAAGAGGUUUUGGGUUCCAGAGUUUGCACCUUCAUCUCCCUCACAGUUGAGGGACGCCCCCAGGAAAGGGGAAGAGACGAGAGCAAUGGCAGGGAGCCUCUCUUUGGGGGCAGGCAGGGUCCUAUGGGGCCGGGCGCCCCUAUCCUGCAGAAGCUUCUCUCUGGGUAUUCCUGGAAUGUUCCACGUAAGGCUCACCCUCCCGCCUCCCAAAGUGGUUGAUCGUUGGAACGAGAAGAGGGCUAUGUUCGGGGUGUAUGACAACAUCGGGAUCCUGGGAGACUUUGAAAUGCACCCCAAAGAACUGAUCAGGGGCCCCAGAUGGCUUAGAGGCUGGAAGGGGAAUGAAUUGCAACGUUGUAUCCGAAAGAAGAAAAUGGUUGGAAAUCGAAUGUUCCUUGAUGACCUGCACAACCUUAACAAACGCAUCAGCUACCUCUACAAACACUUUAACAGACAUGGAAAGUACCGGUAGAAGAGAAAGCUGGGAACUGUGGAAGAGACACAUCUGUCACGGGGGGGGGGGGGGGGG